AUGUUUGCUGUUCCAGGAUGGUCCGUCUCAGCGGAGGGCCUAAAGUCUGAGGCCCCCGGCCAGAACAAUAAUAACAGCGCGCCCGGCAAAAAGUCCAAUAAGCGCAAGCGCAACAACAACGCUACUGAGAAUGUCACAGCUUCAACUGUCGCUGAUCUAUGGGAGUCUGUGAUUGAGGGAAAGAAGACUGAGCAGCUCAAGUCUGAAAAGGCUGCCAAGAGGCAGAAGAAGCAGAAGAAGGCCAAGGAUGGUGAGGAUGAGAAGCUGAAGGAGGGCGAUGAGACGAAGGAGGUUAAGGAGGUUGAGGAGGCUAAGGAGGGCGGUGAUGAUGAGAAGCCCAAGCCUAAGAAGGAGAAGAAGGAUAAAAAGCAGAAGCAAAAACAAAAGUCUACCGAGGGCUCAACAGAAACCACCACUUCACCAGCAAAGGCUGUCGUUGCAAAGGCAGCAUCUCUACCUCCUGCUCCUCCCAAGCUCACUCCCCUACAAGCUUCUAUGAGAGAGAAGCUCAUCUCAGCACGAUUCCGCCACCUCAAUGAGACACUCUACACCCGCCCCUCCGAGGAGGCUUUCAGUCUCUUCGAUGAGUCCCCCGAGAUGUUCGACGAGUACCAUGAAGGUUUCCGUCGCCAGGUCAAGGUCUGGCCUGAGAACCCCGUCGACAGCUUCCUCAAGGAUAUCCGCACACGCGGCAAGGUCCGCCAACAAGGCAAAGGCAAACCUGGAGCUCCUCCUGCGCCAUUGUCCAAGACACCGCUACCUCGUACACAACAAGAGUGUACUAUCGCUGAUCUUGGCUGUGGUGAUGCUCGUCUUGCAGAGGCUCUCCAGUCGGAUGGCAAGAAACUCAAGGUCAAUGUCAAAAGCUACGAUCUCCAGAGCCCAAGUCCUCUAGUCACUAAGGCUGAUAUCGCCAACCUGCCUCUUGCUGAUGGCUCCGUCAACGUCGCUGUCUUUUGUCUUGCUCUGAUGGGCACCAAUUGGGUUGAUUUCAUCGAGGAGGCCUACCGUAUUCUCCACUGGAAGGGUGAGCUCUGGGUUGCUGAGAUCAAGAGCCGCUUUGGUCCCAUUCGAAAUAAGAACGCCCCUGUAACCCACAGUGUUGGCAACCGCAAGAAGAACGCAACGGCUGGCAAGAAAGGCAAGAAGGGUGCUGAUAACGAUGCUGAGCAUGAUGAGGAUCUGGCCGUAGAGGUUGACGGUAUGGAUGAUCGUCGCCGUGAGACAGACGUUUCAGCGUUCGUCGAGGUGCUCAGGUCACGCGGUUUUGUUCUUCAGGGCGAUCGAGAGGCCAUCGAUCUGUCCAACAAGAUGUUUGUCAAGAUGCACUUUAUUAAAGGAGCAUCGCCCACAAAGGGAAAGCAUGUCAAGGAGCAGGAGGCCCCCAAGGGUAAGAGGGGCAUUAUUCGCAGGAUAGAUCCCAUCGAUGAGCAGCCUGAAGUUAACGAGGCUUCUGUCCUGAAGCCUUGCGUCUACAAGAUCCGGUAA